UCAAACGCUGUCCACCUACAGACGCAAUAUACCUAAUUUCGUCCGCUCUCCCACUCAGACCCUGUUGUGCUACUGUUUGACUGAGGAAAUUUGGCCGCACAAUACUACAUUCUUGCGCUAAGAAAAGGACGUAUAUAUCGACCAAGGAGUCGUGUCGUCACAGGACAAACAAUAUCCAAAGCACGCAUCAACAACAUCUGCUCAAAGAAAGCUCCAUACUAUUCACAAUGUCUCUUCCCACCGCUCCGCUCGGUCGCAAUGGUCCCCAGGUUAAUCGGCUGGGAUUUGGCCUGAUGGGACUAUCCAUGGCAUACGGGCCACCAAAACCAGACAACGAACGCCUAGCUCUCCUCGAUCAUGCUUAUGAACUAGGAGAACGUUUCUGGGACAGUUCUGACUUGUACGGUGAUAACGAACCCUUGAUCGGAAAAUGGUUCAAAGCCAACCCAUCCAAGCGCGCAGACAUAUUCCUUGCCACCAAAUUCGGCGUCAAAGAUGGCCCUGCACUUGACUCUUCCCCAGAGUAUGUCAAGGUUGCCAUUGAGAAAUCACUGGAGCGCCUGGAUACUCCAUACGUCGAUCUCUACUACUGUCACCGCGUGGAUCAGAAGACACCCAUUGAACUUACUGUCAAGGCCAUGGCCGACCUUGUGAGCUCCGGAAAAGUGAAGUAUCUCGGACUUUCUGAAGUCAGCUCAGACACCUUGCGAAGGGCACACAAAGUCCAUCCAAUCGCUGCCGUGCAAGUCGAGUACUCGCCCUUUUCCCUCGAGAUCGAAAACGAGCAGACCAAUCUACUCAAGACAUGCCGCGAGCUGGGCGUCGCCGUGGUUGCCUACUCGCCACUAAACCGUGGAAUGUUGACCGGCGCUGUCAAGAGCCCCGAUGAUUUCGAUGAGACUGACUUUCGCCGCAUGAUGCCUCGAUUCAGCAAGGAGAACUUCCCAAAGAACCUGAAAAUUGUCGAUCGCAUCGUGGAUAUUGCAAAGGCAAAGAGUGUUACACCAGGACAGCUGACACUGGCAUGGCUCAUGGCACAGGGUGACGAUAUCUUCCCCAUUCCAGGCACUACGAACCCAAAAAGACUGGAAGAGAACGUGGGAAGUGUCAAAGUGCAGCUGACUGAGGAGGAGGAGAAAGCUAUCCGACAGGCGUGCGAUGAGGCAGAGGUUGCUGGUACAAGGUAUCCUGAAAGGAUGAUGCAGACUUGCUAUGCUGAUACUCCGCCUCUGGAAGCGUAACAAUGGUACGGCUACGAGUGGAAGCGACGUCAAGCCUACACAUUCGGCUGAUGUCAUGAGCAGCACCUGAAAUGACAAUCCAUGUCAAGUCUGGGGUAGCAAAGAUCGCAUCACUCGACCCAGCACGUCUCACAUCCAUAUCCCUAUAGUCCACGCAUUUCUUGCACAGUCCUAUAACAAAGAAAACUACAAUCAUAUUUCAAUAACAAAAACAUCAUUUCUCAAACG